AUGUCUCAACCACGGACACGUGACGGCAGCAUAACUAGCAUGCCAGAUAUUGGUAUUCCAGUUCAUCGUAACAGAAACGAUACUGGAGUUGGCAGUCAAAGUGGAUCAACAGAAUCCAGCAACCGAGUAUCCCUUACACCGCAAGAACGACUUCGAGCAAUUAAGGUGGCACGGGUCGAACAAGACACAUUAGUCGUUAUCCUUGAGCAACAGUGUCGUGAGAUAGAGCAGCUGAUUAGUAACCAUGGGCGCCGUUCCUUACUAAACCAUAUUAAUACACAGAUCCAUGGUCGUUUGGAUCAAGUGCGAGAUGUCCAUUUCUUGUACAAUCAAAGAUUAUGGGAAACCAAGAAGCCGAUGACAGAUGCCUAUAAUUAUAUUAUAAGUAUCGAGAUUCGAGUCCGAGGAGUAUCACAACAGGUAGAUCAUUACCUUGAUGAUCGACGUAACUCGCCAGCUUCUACUGCCAGUCGUGCUACACGGAGCCAAGCUGAUGAAGAAUCUUUCUUCACCAUGGAUGAAUAUCCUUACAGUUCACGGCCGCAAACGCCUGAUCCGUCGUUAAGGCAAUCAAUGGACAGAACUAACGAUCGAUGUAGAUUCGAGACCUCUCGACCUGUAUCAACGAUUGGGAGCCCGCCCACGUCUGAGUACAAUCCUAGACCAUUACAGCAAGCGGGGAGAGGUGGUCCACCACCUCCUUUAAUGCCAUCGUUCAGCAGCGAUGAUUGGAUUAACAGGCGUAAACCUCCACCAAGGGGAGCUUCAGUGGGGUUCAGCCCAAAUUGGCCAAUGAAUGCGUUACCACAUAUAAAGAUCACGCCAUUCAAUGGUGAUCCAAAGGAAUGGCCAACCUUUAUCUCUUCGUUUAGGGACAUGAUCCAUAAUGUGGUACCAUCGGACGCUCAACGCCAUGCUUUCUUAAAGCAGUUGCUCACUACAGAAGUUCGUUCCUACAUAGCCGAAUACUUGGACAAUCCGUCCACUUAUUAUGAUGCCUUAGUAAAACUGAAAAAGCGAUAUGGUCAACCACAAGUGGUUGCUCGGAGCCAUUUGAUGGCUCUUAUGAAUCUUCCAUCGAUCCGAGAUGAUGAUUCAGAGGCACUAGCCAAGCUCAAUCGAAUUCUUCAUGGAGCCAUGCAUGCCCUGAGGACCGGCGGAUAUGAGCAAGACUUGGAAUCGGGAAUGACUCUGAAACACGUCGUCUCCCGUUUACCUCCACGAAUGAGAAGUAGCUGGGGUGUGAAAGUGUACCGGAUGACUCCAACACGAGCUACUCUCAAGGAUCUAGCAAAGUGGAUAGACGAGAUGGUGAUGGGUGAAUUGAUGACCAGGCCGUCUACUCAUAGAUCACCAGCUCCACAGAAGGAAAAGAAAGCGGGAAGUGCUAAGCCUUCCACCAAACCAACUCCUCUCUUUGGUAAAGGUCCUGUUGUUUUUCACACCUCCACAACUCCACCAGUCAAGAAACCGCAGCAAAGUCCUCCCUCUGAGAGUAAUUCGUCAUCGCUGAAGAAAGGCGUUAUUAAGAAGUGCAUUUAUUGUGAUAAUGCCCAUUCGAUAAAAACCUGUUCCACAUUCAAAGAUCUAGACGUUGCAACUAGAGUGGAGUGGGUAAAAGAGAAACGAUUAUGUUUCAGGUGUCUGAUUGGAACACAUCGGGGAACUGAGUGUCCCACCGAAAUCGUCUGCAACAUUGGGAACUGUGGUCAACGACACCACCCUCUAUUGCACGGAGCACUUCGAGUUUAUCCCGCGAAUGCUUCAACCACUAAAAAUGCAGGCCAGCUAUCAGCAAAAUCGUCUGAUGGUCGUGCAAUGACCAUUAAAAACAGGGAUACGGCUAUCAACACUUCCCUAGCUAUCGUUCCUGUGUUACUUCAAGCUAACGGGGUGGAAAUAGAAACUUUCGCUUUUCUAGAUCCAGGAGCAACCGUUAACUUAAUUCGAGAGGAUGUAGCUAAAAAGCUCAAAUGCAAAGGGAAUGCAAGGAAUGUAUCCUUUGGCUUGUUUCACGGCCAAGACCCACAGUUUCAAUCAACUACGGUUAGUUUGACUGUUAAGGCUCGUGAUAGAUCUUUCGAAUCGGUUUUUAAGCAGGUUUCUACUGUGCCGACUCAGUACCUAAAGUUACCAUGCCCACCGAAGGAGUUAAUGGAGAUCCGAAAUCGUUACCCUCAUCUCAAAGACGUAAAAUUGGUUGAUGUUGGAGAACCAACCAUCCUUAUUGGAGCGGGAAACCAAUGGCUGCACUUACGUCUCGAUGAAAGACUACCUCCUGUUGGAACCGACGCUCUCUUUGGUUUAUUGACGCCAUUUGGUUGGACUUGCGUUGGCGAUCUAACAUUAGGGACGCAGCAGCAUGAUUCAACGGUUUGUCGUUCAAACAAACCACUGAUGACGGUGCAAAAACUCUGCUACCUUGUACAAGAAUCACCGAAGGAAGCACUACUUUUACGUCAAGUCGAGAAAUUGUGGGAAACGGAAAGCUUUCCAAUUGUAACUCCGGCUCAACCGCUAGAAUCAACCGAGGAUAAACUAGCGAGGAAGAAACUCGAUGCAACUAUUCAAUUCGACGGAGCCAGGUAUGAAGUAGGUCUACCAUGGGUUUCAGAUGCUAUCGCAUUACCCGACAAUUACAAUAGUGCAUUGCGUCGACUUUUCUCUAUCGAAAACAAAUUCGUUCACAAUUCUAAUUUUGCUGAGAGAUACAAAGCCGUAAUCGAUGACUAUGUGGCAAAGGGAUUCGUGCGGCCUCUCAAGGAAAGUGAAUUGAAGGGCACCUUUGGGAGAAAUUGGUACCUUCCCCAUCAUGGAGUCGUAAAUCCUCGAAAACCCGAAAAGGUUAGGGUGGUCUUCGACGCUUCGGCCAAGUACCAAGGAAUUGCACUUAACGAAGUUCUGGUAAAGGGUCCCAACCUUAUCAACGAUAUAGGUGCUACCCUUCUACUCCUUAGAGAAAAGCCGGUGUCCCUAUCUGGGGAUAUUCAGUUAAUGUUUCUUCAAGUUGGCGUGAAGAAAGAAGACCGUUCCGCUCUACGAUUCCUGUGGCGUACACCUGGUUCUCGAAAAAGACCCACCGUAUAUGAAAUGCAGCGGCAAAUCUUUGGAUCGGUUUCAUCCCCUUUUAUCUGCUCCCAAGUGCUUCGACAUAUUGCUGACCUACAUCGUGAAGAAUUUCCUGAAGCCGCUGAACGAGUCUACAAGAGCUUCUAUGUAGAUAACCUUCUGAAUUCUUUUUACACCGAAGAGGAGGCUAGUCGAGCGAUUAAAGACUCAAAAGCAUUGUUGAAAAGGGGAGGAUUUCAUCUGAACCAAUGGCUCUCUUCAUCUCGACGGGUACUGUCUCGUGUUCCAGAAGGUGAUCGUAAUCAACCUCGCCUGAAUUUGGAUCUAGAAGAUUUACCUACGGAGAGAACCUUAGGCGUUUUAUAUGACAGCGAAAACGACAGCUUCAUUUUUAAUGUUAAAACCGACGUCGAAGCGAGCACUAAGCGUCGGAUCUUGAGUGCAUUGUCCACCUUGUAUGACCCACUGGGGUUCUUAACACCAGUGAUCCUAAGCGCCAAAAGAAUUCUACAAGAAUUGUGGCUUGUCGGUGUUUACUGGGAUGACCAAGUUCCCGAACUAAUUCAACACCAGUGGAACAAAUGGACGACUAAUCUUAGCCAGCUCGAAGCAUUCAAGGUACCGCGAGCGUUAACUUCGUCCAGUGACAUCCAAGACAUUCAGCUGCAUGCCUUUUGCGAUGCAUCCACCGUCGGGUUUGGCUCUGUAGUAUACCUACGAAUAGUCUACCACAAUAAUAUCGUCGCCGUAAAUUUCGUUACGUCAAAUUCCCGCGUGGCACCCCUUCGUCCGCUGACUGUUCCGAAAUUAGAACUCCAAGGAGCAGUUGUGGCACUAUGCCUUGUGAAGUUCGUCCAAUCGAUCCUGCGUAUUCCAAUCAAUCAAAUCAUCUAUUGGUCUGAUUCUAAAACUGUCCUUUAG